CUCAUAGCGGAAUGACAAGAACAACGCAUAUAUUCCCGCCAACAAAACCCUGUUCCCGCCAUUUACAUACGUAUAACUAGGCGCCAAAUUUCACUGUUCGAAAGAGCGCAGCAGCCAUGAACGUGACCCGAAACUCCCGCAAGCGGAGCCACAAAUCUCAGCCCAUCUCUGGUAGAUUCACCCGCAGCAGUUCUCAGCUCUUUUUACACCGUAACCGCUCCGGUCAAAUUCGCCCCGACCCCGUUCGGUUUCCGAGACAGAUGAAACCCUGUUCCGUUCCCGUUCCGAAACUGGUGGAACCCUGUCCCGUUCCCGUUCCAGUUCCUUUUGAUGGAAACGGUGCAAGGCAAGGAUAUUCUGAUUCGGAAUUCAAAAUUCUCAUUGACGACAUUUGCAAGCAAUAUUCAGAAUCAGAUCCGGAAGACAAUAUUCUCCUUAAUGAUCUUUGCAAGAAAGCGAAACGUGACGACGAUGACCUACCUACCGCUACGACGAAGGACCUUCGCGCGAGGCGAGUUUAUUCCCCACAGUCAAACGCCGACAAUUCCUCCUGUCUAAUCGGAAGUGCGUUAUCCAAUGGGAGUUCCGCUGAUUCCGAUCAGGAAAUAGCUGAAUUAGGGUUUGGAACGUCGACGAGUGCUGAAAACAGCGGCACUUAUGUGGACGGUGUGACUGAUAUUCCUGAUUUAGGGUUUUCUUGUGAAACUCCAAAUUUCGACCAGGGAAACAUUGAAUCUUCAGAUGGAAGCGGGAAAUUGCAAGAUAACAUGCAAAUUGAUGGAAAAGAUGGUGUUUAUUGUAUGGAGAAAAUCGAUGAUUUUGAUGAAGAACCCGUACAAACAACACCACCCGACGCUGUGAUUUGUGGCAACUUAAAACUUGACGGAGAUGCAAGGAAAACGGAAGAAGCGCUUCCUGUUGAAGAUAGCCAGAGAAAUUAUUCUGUUCUCAAGAGAAAAUCUAUACGGGGACUACGUUUACCAGGGAAAUUAUUCAAAGCCCCAGGUUCAGUCAGUUACAGAAGGCUGUUUCCGUAUCUAUUGGAUAUUAUGGGAGAUGAUUUUGGUAUACCUAAAUCAGGUCUUUGCCAUAAAGAUGAGAAGGUAAUGGAUGGCCUGGGAUUGGAACUUCAUUUGUCAUCUGAAAAUCAUGAACCUACAACACCUGAAGUUAAGACUGACAGUUGCAUCAUACGUGAUAUUAAUGUGUCAAAACUGACUUCUUCACCCAUGCGAUUAGAUAUGGAAGAAGUGAAUGGCAAGUGUUUAUCUGCAGCAUAUGUGGAUGGUAAAUGCGUGGGUGAAUCAAAGAUUGAUUCAACUGCUGAUUUUGACAGUGCUAGAGAUGUUGGAAAUGCUUUGGGCCACAAUGACUUUAAGCAAGAUUCUAUCCACCAGAAUAAUUUUGAUUGUGCUAAGGAUACUAAUCACAAUGUUUGUACCUCAGAGCAGCUUGUUGUUUUGAAUGAAGAUUGUAUACCGAUGACUUGUGAUGCUGAGAUAUAUGAUAAUUCAGAGCUGAAUGUAGACCAAAUGCAGAGCAUACCUCAGAAUGCUUGUCAUGUCAAACCUAUGGAUUCAACUAGAAGUACCCAACAGAAUGCUAUUGAACCUCAUAAGAAUAAACAUGUGCCUAGACCAUAUUUGCACGGGAAGUUGAUCAAAAGUCCGGGUUCAGUCAACUAUAGAAGGUUGCUUCCAUUUUUAAAGAAUCUUAACAAAGAUGACUCUGUUGUUUUUAUAGGUACAUCAAAGUUCAGUGAUCAGACUCAUCAUAGAAAACAGGAGGUGGAUUUGUAUGCAAAUAGAUUCCAACUUCCUUUGCCAUCUCAAAGUGAAGAAGCUUCUAUUGUCACUGGCCCCAUGCACGACAAAGUUGAGUCUACUAUUUUGGAAAACAUCUUAGUUAAUCCUGCUGUUAUGUUAUCUCAUGAUGACAGGCCAAAACUGAUAUCUUCCCAAGACUUCUCUGAAUUGCCAAUGCAUUUGGAUGUAAAAGAAGCUGUUCAUGAGUGCUUAUCUGCAUCCUCUGUUCAGGCACAGUCUGAGAAAAUUGUGAUUGGUUCUAAUGAUGAAUGUUUGAGUGAAGCAAAGACUGAUUUUCAUUGUGUUAAGAUUCUCGCAAAUGGCUUUAAUCAAGUACACAACAUGAGAUUGGGACAACACAAUAUGGAGUCACCACCCAAAGACCAACAUUUGCCUAAUAUUAGUGAUGAUAUCUUCAACCUUUCAUUUGAGCACUAUUCAAGCCAAGAAACAGGUUUCACAACCAAUUGUGAUGAAAUAAAUCAGUUUGUGAAUCUGGAGAUGCAUGAAUCUGUUAACAGAUGUCCUCCUGAAGGUCAGACUGUAAGCCAAUUGGAUGCUAAUAUGAUAGAUGCAGAGGAGAAUGAAAAAAGCAGCCUUGCAAUUUGCCAAACCGAUGAUGAUGUGGUUUUAAGUCAUGUCAACAUCUCAAAUGAAGAACCUAGACAACCAUCAGAGAAGAUUAUCUCUGAGAAACCGGAGUUACCAGACAUGGCAGAACAUGGUGAAAAAGCAGGAAGUCUUCUGAAUGGCCUAGUUUAUGGUUCAAAGAUGCCUUCAAAAGGAAGCAGUAACAAAUAUGCUAGUUGUGCUGGUGUUAUUAAAAAUGGAUCUGAAUCCAAGACCACACCGGUUCUUAAUCGUUGUCCACGGGAUAAGUUGUUGAAACAUGCUGGAUCUGUCAACUACAAAAGAUUGCUUCCAUUUUUGUUGAAUACUGUGAAAUCUAAUCCCAGUCCUUCAAAUAAUGAUCAUCACCCAAAACUUCAAAAGCUUUUGGAUCAAACACCAUUUCUGCCAAUAUCAUUUACAAACUUGCCAGUAGCUCCCCUAAAUGAUUCAAAUGGCAAUUCUGGUGCUAAAAAAGAAACAGGGUUUCAAGCUAGUGAUUUAAUUAAUAAUAGUUCAAGCCCAAGAUCUCAAACUCCUGAAUUUCAGUCAUCACAUGGUUCAUGCAAAGUGGUUCAACUACAAGAUGAACAUGUCGUAUUAAAUGGAGGAAAAACCAAUGAGGAAAAACCACCUGAAACAUAUGGAUGUUGUCAGAGCUUGUCCCAACUGAAAGUCACAGAUCAACUUAAAUCCCCUGCGGCUGGUCUCCAAAAAGGAAUUUUGAGAAGAAACCCAAGAGGAUGCAGAGGGCUUUGCACAUGUUUGAACUGCGUUUCUUUUCGUCUUCAUUCUGAAAGAGCAUUCGAAUUUUCUAGAAAUCAGCUCCUAGAUGCCGAAGAGGUUGCCCAAGACCUCAUGAAGGAACUAUCCCAUGUCAGAAACAUGUUAGAAAAUAGUGCCAACAAUACUACUGCUUUUGACGGAAGCCAGGUUUUAGAAGCAUGCAGGAAAGCAUUUGAAACAGAACAACUUGCAAAGGACCGCCUUAGCCAGAUGAAUGAUGAACUUAACAUACAUUGCAGAACACCGAGUCUGCAGCGACCAAGUGUCAAAUUUUCAGAUAAUGUUAAAGAAAAAGUCUUUCAAUCAGGCAGCCAGAUAAACGGCUAAUUGCAUCUUACACUAUCUAUCAUCAACGCAGGUUUUUUUUUCUCCCUUAGGAGUGAAACAAAUAUCAGGGCUGUGUUGGAAAGCUAAAUAGCGGGUUAAUGUGUGUUGAUAUUUCUAGCAGUAGGAGGAAAAGUGAGCGAGAGAAAAACCUUAUAGAAUUUUUUUUUAGUCCCAUAUUAGUUUUAAAGCUUUCAUUGAAUCUUUCCGAUUUCCCCCUCAUCUCUAUUGUUUCCUCAUAUUCAUAAACGGUGUAAUAAUUUCAUAAACGAUCUUAUCCAUUAUCCAUCAAUGAGCAAAUAUUGUAUAUGGAAAAUGGUUAAUUUAGUUUUGUGAUGUUACAAUGAUUUGUUGUCGAAGUGAGAUGUU